AUGGGAGUUUUGAGCGUUUCUCUGCUUUUAUCGGCCCUUCUGGUCGGCUUCAGCAGAGCCAGGUACGAACCGAACUGGGACUCCAUCGACUCCCGACCGCUGCCAGCCUGGUACGAUCAGGCCAAAUUCGGUAUCUUCAUCCACUGGGGGGUGUUUUCUGUCCCGAGCUUCGGCAGCGAGUGGUUUUGGUGGUAUUGGCAGGGGCAAAAAUUAAAGCCAUAUGUUGAUUUCAUGAAGAAAAACUAUCCCCCGAACUUCAAGUAUCAAGACUUUGCGCCACAGUUUACUGCUGAGUUCUUCGAUGCCAAAGUGUGGACAGACAUCUUUGCCUCAUCUGGAGCAAAAUACAUCGUCCUGACUACAAAACACCACGAAGGUUUCACUCUGUGGGGAUCAAAAUACUCCUGGAACUGGAAUGCAGUGGAUGUUGGACCUGAAAGAGACCUGGUGGACGAAAUGGCCACUGCCCUCCGUGCCAACAGCGACCUACGUUUAGGGCUGUACCACUCCCUGUUCGAGUGGUUCAACCCGCUCUUUAAACUGGACGCUGCCAAUGUGUUCAAAACAACCUACUUCCCCACCUCUAAAACUCUGCCUGAGCUCUAUGAGCUCAUUCUUAAGUACAAACCAGAUGUGUUGUGGUCUGAUGGUGACGGCAACGCACCUGACAAGUACUGGAACAGCACUGGCUUCUUAGCCUGGCUCUAUAACGACAGUCCAGUGCGAGACACGGUGGUGACCAACGAUCGGUGGGGCUAUGGCUGCAUAUGCAACCACGGGGGAUAUUACACCUGUGACGAUCGCUACCAGCCGGGACACCUGCUCAAACACAAAUGGGAAAACUGCAUGACCAUCGACAAAAAGUCCUGGGGCUACAGACGUAAUGCUCCGCUCAGCGACUACCUAACCAUCCAGGAGCUCGUGGAGACUUUGGUGGAGACUGUGUCCUGUGGGGGAAACCUGCUGAUGAACGUCGGCGCCACACCCGACGGACGCAUCGCUCCGGUCUUCGAGGAGCGUCUCAGGCAGAUGGGUCAGUGGCUGAAGGUGAACGGGGAGGCCAUCUACAACACGACGGCGUGGCGGGCUCAGAAAGACAGCGGCACUCCUGCCGUCUGGUACACGUCCAAACCACAGGAAAAGGCCCUCUAUGCCAUUUUGGUGAUGUGGCCAACAAACAGUUCUGUGGUUCUGCAUGACCCGGUGGUUACACAAGGUAAAAGUCAGGUGGUGCUGCUCGGUCACGGCCCUCUGCAGUGGGAGCCCGUGACGCCCAGUGGGCUGCGGGUUGACCUGUCCAAGCUGUCCUUCAGCCAGAUGCCAUGCGAGUGGGCCUGGACGCUGAGGCUGACAGGUGCCACUUAAAAGGAAACAAGAGCACUUGAAGUGGAACAGAGGCGAGCGGCAGGACGAGAGGAUGACCCCAAUACGCUGGAACAAUUACACACAGAACGUGAUGCGAGCCUGCGCCGUCUGUCCUCAAGCGGCUAGAAAAUAUGUGACUCGCCUGUUUACGGUGUAGUGGGGAGUGGGACUUACUUGUAUAAGGAAUCAACAUAAUCAGGGUCUGGAGAAUUGAAAGCACAGAAAAUACUGCUGAAGCUCCGUUGAAUUCAUUUACAUGUGACUUGAUCACUAAUCUUAUGUGUGACUUGUCACAGUUUUUGCACUGCUGACUUUUUUUGGCUUGUUUUGUAUGUUUUGAUACAAACUGCAGCACUAAUGUGGCGUCACCACCUUUAAAUGUGAAGCAAUAAAUCAAAUUCUUUUUCCGCAUCA